AUGCACGCCUACAUCUCCCUGGCGCUCUUUGCCAUCGCCGCCACUGCGGCCCCUUCAGCCCCUCACAAGCAGGGCGCUCCCUUCAACAGCUUCCCCUUCAACCCGGCCAACGGCGUUGGCAGCUUGGAGAUGGAUUCCCCCAAGACCGACCCGGGCAAUGAUAUACCCUAUGGUUUCGACAAAGGUUCCACAGGGGCCCAGGUUGCCUCGUCGGCCCUAGACCUCCUGCCUGCCCAGUCCACUCCCGCAUCCUCGGUGAAGAACAGUUCUCCUGAUCAGAACUUUGAACUCCCCAUGGAGGAAAUGCCUGCCCUGCCUCCGAUGCAGGAUGACGCUGAGACGCCAAUGUCCUCGGCUGAGAUCGAGUCGCCAUCCAUCCCUGAGGCAUCUAUGAUGCCUGAAUCGUCUUCCAUGUCCAUGUCCAAGCCAGAGGCUAAGCCUACCCACAAGGCCGAGCAGAAGCAUGAACACGAGCCCAUGACUUCCCUGAAGCCUGAGAUGAAACCGACUGCUACUCACGCUGCUCCCACGCAUGAGGCUACCGUCGUCGAGACCCACUCUGCGCAAGUGCCUGCGACUCAUGCCACACACGCCGUUAAGACCAUGGUCACACAUCCCGCCAAGGCUGCUAGCAUCCACCAUAAGCACAUGACGGUCGCUUCUUCGAGCUCCGACGCGGACUCGGACGACAGCUCGUCGGCUGCCCCAACACCGACCCCGUCCGCGAAGCCCGCACCGUCGUCACCACUCAAUUCUCUACUUGAGGGUAUCCCACUCCUUGGUCCCAUGCUUGGCAGUACUCUCCGCCGCGCAUAG